UAUAGUGGGAUCCAUUAAUUGAAAUUCAUAAGAAUGCGCAAGCGCGUAUACUUUUGUUUACUUAAGACAAUGCCGAUUUGUUUACUUUUGAGAAUGCCCAUUUGUUUACUUUUUGGAACGAGGAUGACUAUUCUUGACGCCAUUGUAUCAGAAACUUUUGUGAUCUGUGGUACUGUGUUCCUUAAAAUUUUAAAAUGUCUACUUCAGGCUUCUUUUGCUCUGUUUGUGCAAAAACAUAUGCAAACCAUUCAAAUUUAAGGGCCCAUGUAAAAUUACACCACGCUGAUCAGCUUAAUGAAAUUGCUCCAAAUAAGAUUAAGUAUAAAUGUGAAAUUUGUUCAGAAAGUUAUACCUCAGGACUGAAAUGUCCUUUAUGCGAAGUUAUUGAUGUCAAACCAGCAUUAAUUCAACAUUUUACAUUGGUUCACAAUAUAGAUAUCAAUAUUGAAUAUUGACUAUUGAAUAUAGAUGAAUAUUGACUUUAAAACAAUUGAAGAAUUUAAUAGCUGGAAGAAACAGAUAGAAGAAGAAAACGCAGUAUUCUUUCCCAAGCGCCACGGAACAUUUAAAUCUGCUAUAUAUAUCCGGACGAGAUAUCAGUGUCAUAGGUUAGGAACAUAUCAAAGAGAAGGCAGAGGCCUAAGACAUUUGAAGAUUAAAGGCUCGAAAAGAAUUAAUGCGUUUUGUCCUGCAUCUAUAAUUCUUGAUUAUACAAAUGGUAUUUACAAUGUUAAAUAUACAAGUACCCACAUAGGACACACAAAUGAAUUGUGUCAUAUUUCUCUUCCAAAGAGUAACAGAUUGAUGUUGGCAGAUAAAUUGGCAGAGAAGAUUCCAAUUGAAGACAUUAGAGGUUCACUUCAUGAUUCGAAGUUGGAGCGAAUUCAUCUUGUCACAAAGCAAGACUUAAGAAAUAUAAAAAGGGACUUUCAUUUAGGUAACUCCACAAUUCUAGAUAAAAAUGAUGCAGAGAGUGUAGAUUUGUGGGUAGAAAAACUGACAUGCGAUGACUGCAUCCCUUUUUUAUAAAAGGCAGAAUGAGUUUUCUUCAGAAUUCUCUUUCCUAAAAGAAGAGGAUUUUAUGCUGAUUAUUAUGAAACCAGGACAAAAGCAAAUGCUCCAAAGAUAUGGGUCAGACUGCAUAUGUGUGGAUGGAACUCAUGGGACAAAUGGUUAUGGGUUCCAGUUGCACACAUUAUUGGUGUUAGAUGAUGCAAGAGAAGGA